CUUGCGAUAUGGCACUGCAGGCCACUUACGUAUAAAUCAAAAUGGCCACUUAACCCCUCCUCCGGAGCCACCUCCCUAAAUCUUCCACAGAGCCGCCUCAUGACGAGUUUUUCCCACUCAAAAAAAGAAGCCAAAGGUUAAAUCACAAUGCCGCCAACACCCCCCUCUUUCGGUGACUUGCAAUACUGGAACACGCGUUUCAGCAAGGAAGAUGAAUUUGAAUGGUUAGCAGAUUUUACGGCUUUGGAGCCAUGGUUGAGAAGAGCAAUUGGAAGUUCUGGUGAUGAGAAUGAAAGAGAAAGGGAUGGAAAGGGCAAACGAGUCUUGCACAUUGGUUGUGGUACUUCUGCUUUAUCGGCGGCGCUGAAAGAGCUAGUUAAGUCUCCGCGACAAAUCCAUAAUGUUGAUUAUUCGGAUGUGGUCAUUGAACGACAACGACAACGAGAUUUGACGAAUACUGGUGAAGAGGCUAGUAAAUGGUCGACUUUGGAUCUGUUAUCAUUGGCGCAGGUUGAGGAGUUUAAGAAACAAGGAAGAUACGACGUUAUCAUUGACAAGUCGACUUCUGAUGCCAUCUCUUGUGCGGAAGAUGUACAUGUCGGUCUACCUUAUCACAUGAACACGGCAAUGGAGCAGGGCUCUUCACUCGCGAUCUCCGGACAUACUCAGGUGUACCCCCUCGUCAUCCUCGCCAUUCAUCUGGCCUACCUCGCAACGCCUGGCUGUCAGUGGAUGGUCCUGAGCUACUCUGCCUCACGCUUUUCAUAUUGGGAAGACGAGAGCCCUCAAAGAUUGCCACAUCCGACUCAACUCUGGAAAAUGGUUCGCCAUGAAAAGAUUGAGCAGCCUCAAGACCCUAAGGAUACUGUUCACAGACCACCUACAAUGCAUCAUCUCUACAUCCUGGAAAGAACAGAAACGCCAUUGGGAUGAUGGCAAUGAAGGAUUCUGAACAACAGGACCCUCUGGGACAUGUCAAACUCGCACACUCACACAUCCAAGAUGAACACAGAUGGAGCGGUACAGACCAAACGAUCGUCUGACUCUGACCCACAAGGAGGAAGAGAAAGCAGCGGCUCGCU